AAGACUUCCCUCCUCUACGCUGCAGGAAGUGUCUGCUCGGCGAGAGUCGUUGAUAAAACACCUCGACCUGGAGUUAGAAGUGUAAAACCCAACGUUGUGUCUCGUUGUAGCUGCUUGUUUGGUGAGAAUGAGUCUGCGAGGCAUUGGCGUUCUCCUCCAGUGUUACCUGGUGUUGGCAGCAGCCAUGUACUUUGAUCUCGGGGAGCAGGAGGAAAAGUGCAUCAUCGAGGAGAUUCCCGAAGACACGCUGGUCACCGGUCACUUCUUGUUGGAGCCUUGGGAUUUGAAGGCGAUCUCCCACUCGCCUCUUUUUGGCGUCACUAUGACAGUGAGAGACCCAAACACAGAGGUUCUGAUGUCCAAACGCUACGGUAAAUUUGGUAAAUUCACCUUCACAGCUCACGCCUCUGGUCAGCACCACCUCUGCUUCCAAACCAACUCCACGAGGUUUGCCGUCUUUGCUGGAGAGCGGCUGAAGCUAAAUUUGGAUGUUCAGAUGGGAGAGCACCCGAUUGACCACAACACCGACAAGACCAAAAACAACAUGGAGAUCCUGGAGAACAGCCUGAGACAUCUCAUAGAUCAGAUGAUGUACAUCACCAGGCACCAGGAGUACCAGAGGGAGAAAGAGGAGCAGUUUCGUCAGAUCAGCGAGGACACCAACGGUAAAGUGCUGUGGUGGGCCGUGGUGCAGACCUCCGUUCUGCUGUCGGUCGGUUUCUGGCAGAUGAAACGACUCAAAGACUUCUUCAUCGCCAAGAAGCUGGUCUGAUGACGACCUCUGACCUAGGUCGACCUCUCUAAAACUAUGCCUUUUAUCAAUUUAAAAUAGUAUUAAAGGCAAAUAGUAUUAAAAACGGAACAUGGGAAAAAUAAUGUUGCAAGGAUUUGCAACAGAUAAAAAGUAACACCAACACCACUUUAAAAAUGGGUAUUUUUUGUGUAUUAUCUUGCCAAAAAGUACAAUAUUUCUAAAGGAUUUUAAUAAACUCUUUCUUGUCUCAUGAAGCCACGUUGCAUUAGGCUGGAUUUAACUGGAAUAUCUGUUAUACUGUGAAAUAAAAAUGUAUGAAUGUACAAUGUCCAUAAAGACAGAACCACACAUGUGAGAAAAAUAAAUGUAAUUUGACUGAAUGUUUUGGGAUUGUAACCAUUUAAAAACAGAUUAUUAAUAAAAUAACUUGGAAUUUGAAUUGAGUUAAUAAAUCAAUUUAA